UCCUUUACUACGACGACCUUGGGGCGGGUUCGUCGUUUUUUCUGCCCACUAUAUAAUCAUUUUUUGAUUUGCAUAGUUUAUCAGUCACAUUUUCAACCCAAACAGGUGUACAUACAUACAAUUCCUUGCUUCUAACAAACAUGAUGGUGAAAUAUUUAGGUAUAUUUCUCUUAAUGGUUGUGAUCAGUUUUGUGAUGGCAGCUCCGGCUGCUGAGGAUCCUGUUUCUCCAUUAGAAGAGGAUAGAGCAUCGAUCCCGGAUGACGUGGAGGACGCUCAGCCGGAACCAACGAGGAAAAUCAAAAGAGGAAUCUAUGGAGGUUAUGGAUAUGGAGGAUACGGACGUGGCGGAUACGGAUAUUAUCCAUACUUUGGUUUCGGACAUGGUUAUGGCGGCUACUACGGUGGCUACUACCCUUACUAUGGUAUUGGCUACGGUUACGGACACGGAUAUGGGCUUGGAUAUGGCUAUUAUUGGUAGAUUCUUAAACAACGCAAUAUUUUAUUUAAUUACUUACCAAUGAACGAAUUAUACUUGUAAUGUAAUUUUUGUAUAUUAAGAAUUAAUAAAUUUAUAUAGAAAAGUUA